AUGACUCGUCAAAAUGAAAGAUGGCAAGGGAAUACGGUCUUAAAGUGGAUUACGAAGAAAUUAAAAAGAAUAACAAAAAUUACACGGAUAAACCAUAAAAUCAAGGCUAAGCUAGGGAGUACCUCAAAAGUGUGUCAAAGAAAAUUAAUAAAGAGAAGUGAAGAAGGUGUUAAUUCAAACAGUUAUCUUGAUUAUCAAAAAGAUUUUGAGACUUAUGACUUCAGUAAUGGAUUCCUUAGAGAACUUAAAUACGAAACCCCUCAGGCUGCCAUGGUUCAAUCCUUUUAUGAUUUCUGUGCGAUUCUCAUAAGUUUUCCUCAAGUUCUCUGUUUUUUGUCUCCAAUGAUGACGAUCCAGGAUGCAAUCCAGAAACCUCGUCCUACCAAAUUUAAUAUUGAUAUUAAUGGUACAGUUCUUCUCAUGACAAGCUUUGUUCCUAGCUUCGAAAAAGAUCAAUACAUAACGAUACCAAAGGAACUUGAAGAUACGGACAAUGAUGAUUCUAUCUCCAAUUUUUCUCAAUUUUCCACCCAGUAUGUGAUUGACGGGUCUUCUUAUUGUGCCAUUUGCAGUGCAGCAUUUACCUCCCAUAGUGUGAUGCAAAAACUUUCAUGUGGGCAUAUUCUUCAUUCAGACUGUGUUCAAUCAUGGUUUUUUCGGGCACCUGAAAGUCUAGCACUGUACAAUACAGUGGGAGGAACUAUUGGACAGGAAUACGCUAGGUAUAACUGUCCCUCCUGCAGAACCAAUGUCUUUGAUUCGGUGUAUCAAAUUUACCAGGCAGAGUUUCUUCAACAUGCGAUCUCGACGAAGCUGAACAAAAGAAAGAAAUAUACACUUUACAAAUUCGAUCAUGAAUUUGAUGACAGAUUAUAUCGUUAUGUUAGUAUUUUAGAACUAGAGCAAAGACAUAUCACAUCAAUACCGCUUUUUGCAUCGGGCCAGGCUGCUAGACUGAUAGAAUAG